CAGUCAGAAGGGUCUGAGGUCCUCCUGAGUCCAGAAGUCACCUGCGGUCCUCCCGAGAUGAUCGUCACGACCCCCUUUGCGUUGACAAUCCCUCACUGUGCAGAUGUCAGCUCCGAGCACUGGAACAUCCACUUAAAGAAGAGGACUCAGCAGGGCAAGUGGGAGGAAGUGAUGUCAGUGGAGGAUGAAUCCACAUCCUGUUACUGCCUUCUGGAUCCCUUUGCAUGUCAUGUGCUCCUUGAUAGUUUUGGGACCUAUGCCCUUACAGGAGAGCCAAUCACAGACUGUGCUGUGAAGCAACUCAAGGUGGCAGUCUUUGGCUGCAUGUCCUGUAACUCUCUGGAUUACAAUUUGAGAGUUUACUGUGUGGAUAACACCCCUUGUGCAUUUCAG